AUGCGGAUUUUACCUCCAGCGACCAUUAUCACAAUGUCCAAGGGCACUCCUCUGAGCUCCGAUUGCAUUUGUCUAUCGGAUGGGCGAUCUUCCGGCAAGGCAUGGGAGUCCGAUCGCACGCUUACCAAUCGUGGUUGCGUGUUCGGUCGCAGAAAGGCUUGGAUGAAAGCUGAUGGUGCGAAAUCCGGCUCCACUGUCCACAAGGAGGCUUCUGAGGAAGCAAUCGAACAGGCCGGAGGUGAAUACGCUGGUGGUGGAUUGGAAGUCUCAUCCAGGACCUGGUCAUUUUCGUGUAGUUGUCCAUCUUUCUCGUCUGCCAUUUUUCUGUCCAGACAGCUUUCAGAUUCAAAUUUGGAGGUCGCUCAGGCUCUGCUCUUGAAGGACAAAGUCUGCCAGGUAAACAGGAAGCAAGAAAAACAAAGGGUAAUGAAAAGCACAGCAUGGGUCCGACAUCUUUCUCUCAAUAUAAGAGCUACAGCGAUUGACUACUCCCUUAUAGCAUCGUGGCCUGAAACAGAAAUGCUUUAUUCCUGGAACUCGACGACUAUUUUCAAAAUGUAG